UAAGAGAACCCGGAAGUGUCGCCGGAAGUACGCUGAGGGAAGAAAGAGCGAGGUGCACACUAGGACACGUGCGACAAAAGGCCCUACCCACAGCAGAAAACGUGCCGGGUGCUGUCUCUGGGGGAAGAAAUUGACAGGCAGUGGAGUGCUUCUGCGGUGCUGGGGGCCCGUUGGAGCAAUAAAGUGAGAAGACCUGAGUUGCUAUCAUAACAAGGGAGGCACCGGAGACAGGAGGAAAGAGAACAUUGAUUGCAGUCAUGGAUCCCAAGCCCCAAGAGGAGGAUGAGGUCAUGGACCAGUUUAUGGAUAAAUUCCAAACCCAGAAGUACGAAGGAGCAUUUAGUGAGGACAGAUGGGAGGAGGAGUUUGACAAGGUUCCAAUGUUUAUGAAGAAAGCACCUGAUGAAAUUGACCCAGAGAGAGCACCAGAGUUGGCCUGCAUUCAGUCUAUGCUGUUUGAUAGUGAAGAACACGCCACAUCCUAUAAAGAAGAGGGGAAUGAGUACUUUAAAGAAAAGAAUUACAAGAAAGCCAUCAUUGCUUAUACAGAGGGCAUCAAGAAGAACUGCAAGGACCCGGAGCUGAACGCGGUUCUGUACACCAACAGAGCUGCCGCACAGUUUUAUAUAGGUAACUAUCGUUCAUCUCUAAAUGACGCAAUUGCAGCAAGAAAGCACAAACCAGACCACUUAAAGGCCGUGAUUCGAGGGGCUCUAUGCUACAUGGAAGUAAAGAAAUACGCAGAAGCUGUGAAUUGGUGCGAUGAAGGUUUACGGAUCAGUCCAAGUGAGAAGAAACUAUUGGAAACCAGGACGAAAGCAGAUAAACUCCAUAGAGCUGCAGAGCGAGACGCCAGGAAGAUGAGACAGGCUGAGAAGAAGAAGCAGGUGGAAAAGGACUCUCUCCUCCGUGCAAUUAAGGAUCGAGGGAUAAAAUUACUCGAUGAGCGUAAUGAGGAAGAAGAGGAGACAUCUGGGGUGUUACAGGAUGGACUUUCCUGCUCAGAGAACCUAACUGGGGCACACGUGCAUUUGGAUGAGAGUGACCGCCUUAAUUGGCCAGUGUUGUUCUUGUAUCCAGAGCACAGUCAGACAGACUUCAUCUCUUCCUUUCCAGAGGACUCUAGGUUUACUGAUCAUCUGAAUGAAAUGUUUGCCCAGGAGUUACCCCCAUGGGAUACAGAGAGAAAGUACCUUGCACACAACCUAGAGGUAUACUUUGAGGAUGAGGAGUCUCAGUCCUUUCACCAGGUGAAUCCAGACAGCACCCUACUCAAGACGUUACAGCACAGCAGAUUCCGUGUGAAAGCUGGAACACCUUCAUUUUUAAUUUUGGUAAAGCGGAGUCCCUUCAGUAUGAAGUAUUUUUCAGACAAAAAAGUGUAUAGGUCACGCUGAUGACUAACUACAUAUGAACUACGAAUUUGUACUUCCAUUAAAAAAGAGAUCAAUAUAUUUGUGACUAUACAGUAUGCAGGGAUGGCAAUCCGUGUCCUUGCUGCAUUGUAAUAUAAGUUUAUAGUAAAGAUUUUUAGCGUUAGUGUACUUUUCCCUGCGCCAGCCUGGCCGCACAGCCCCAUCAGCGGUGUAUGCCAUGAAUGCUACAGGCAUUGCUGUGAGAUGAUCGAUUACUUUGUUGCACAGACUGGGAAUUGUCCUUGCUGGGACUUUGACAAACUCGGCAGGAAAAAGGAUUUUUGGAAUGACUAAAUUUUUUAGUGAUAAACUGAAGUAUUAAUCAA